GCAGAGCGGUGCAAGGCGAUCGAUGGCAGCCACUAUGCUUACCCGUGCAGACAUCCAGGCACUGAAGGACUAUGUGGCUGGUCCUGGGAAUUUUGGACAGAAUCAGGCUGAAACCACAGUUCGCCUGCACGUUACCCACUCCAACCUGAAAGCGGAGUUCAUAGAGCUGCGGAUGGAUUUGCAUAUGACAACCGAGGCAGUCAAGUUCAAGUUGGCUUCGCACUGCGGCACACUGGCCUCUGAAAUGAUCCUGCACCUGAAAGACAGCUCAGGAAAGGUUGUGGCAGUCCUCGCAGAGCCACACAGAAAACUUGGCUACUAUUCUCCUGAGGAUGGGUGGGUGUUGCAUGUCAUCGACACCAACCCAAACUCGCUGUCAGCAAGGGGCUGGCUUGAGGAUACUUCAAAGGUGCAGAAGUAUGUCAUGUCAGACGCGGACUACGAUGCCAGGGAGAACACGUACCGGAGACACAAAGCACAGAAAGUCAAGGAAGAUCCAGAAUGGACCGCAGAGAAGGAGCUGUGCAUGAGGCGGGGGAUCCCUUAUGUGACCCCCACUCAGAAGGAAGCAGUGGAGGAUGAGGAUUACCAGGCAGCAGAAGCCAGCAGGCUGACCGUGGGGUCCCGCUGCGAAGUGAACCCUGGUGGCAAGAGGGGUUGCAUCAGGUAUGUUGGCAAGUGCGCGGGUCUGCCACUAGGCUACUGGGCGGGCGUGCAGCUGGAUGAGCCAGUUGGCAGGAAUGAUGGCAGCGUGAAGGGCAAGCGCUACUUUGAGUGCCCACUGGGCUAUGGCAGCUUCCUGCGCCCUGACAAGGUCAAUGCUGGGGAUUUCCCGGAGAUAGACGAGUUCCGAUUUUCAGAUGAGGACGAGAUUUGACAUACUUUUUUGAAUCAGGAGAUGCAGCGAGUAAGAGGCCGAUAUGAGACUGUGUUGCUCACAUCAGACAAGUGAGGUCUGCAAGUGAACAAUUGCGAUCUUGUCUUGCAAAAUGUGGAUGACUGAUGGGCAGCGGGCAUACUUGCAUGCGUGGUAAAGAAGAGCAGAUGCAUGAAUG